AUGAGAAUACCACCAAUGGUUCUCUUUUUUAAUAUUUUAGAAAUUACACUAAUUUUUAUUUUUUUCACCUUAAUAUACGGUACCGAAUUUCAAUCAGAUCAUGAUCAAGAAUUUGAUUGGUAUGAAAAGUUAUACAGGGAAAGUAAGUACGAGAAAUUAUAUACAGAAUUAAAAAAGUGUGAAUUCAAAGAUUCAAGAUGCAUUCAAAUGCUUGGAGACAUGUAUUUCACAGGAUUAUAUGUGGAUCAAGAUAUUGUUACAGCAAUAUCAUACUGGAAGGUAUCGUCAGAUUAUGGUAAUUCUGAAGGUCAAUUUUGUAUGGGAAUGGUUUACACGCUUUUUCCGUUUUUGGAUGCUCUAGAGUGCAGCAUUAGUGAGUUUGGCGCCAAAAACAAAAGUGUUUUAAUAGAAAACCUAACAAAGCGUGACGAUCCGGUACCGUGUAAGCUUUACCCAUAUUCACAAGAAGAGGCCCCAAAGUUCUUGGAAAAGUAUAAAUCUCUAAUAACAAGGUAUUCUUCCGGUCAGAAUCGCAAAAAUGAUGAGACUAUUUUCAAGAAUAUAGCCAAAUCCAUUCAACUUUCAAAUCUAUAUUUAUAUUUCUCUUCUUUAUCUGGACAUACCGGUGCCCAAUUAACUUUGGGGUUUAGAUAUGAACAUGGAUUAGGAGUCCCCAAAUCAUGUGAAGCCGCUAUGUCUAACUAUAUAGAGACAGCGAAAACUUCAGUUUCUUUUAAAAAAGAAGGGCAUUCAGAAAAAGAGCAACUAAUACGUCUCUCAAUUCCAGACUGGGAACCACUAAAGAAACUCUUUAAUCUAAAAGAAAAUAGAAAUCGUGAAGAUCUGGCUAUAAAUUUAGCAGAGUCUGGAAGUAUAACUGUCCAAUUAGCUUUAGCUAAAAGGUACCUAUUAGGAGUAGAUGGAUUCAAGCAAGAUACUACUAGAGCUUAUAAAUAUCUUCGAAAAAUUGCCGAUAAGGCCAAAUCAAUGGUUGGAGUUGUACUAGAUACCCCUUCUACACUGAUUUAUGGUGAAGCUAUUGGAUUACUUGGUUACAUGCAUGCAUUGGGACUCGGUACCACCCCAGAUCUAAAAAUUGCAGCUGAGUAUUUUUCAAUUUCAGCAUUCAUAUACAAUGAUCCAGGGGGGCAUAAUGGUAUGGGAUAUGUUUAUUUUCACGGGUGUGAAGGAUUUGAGAGGAACUUUAGAUUAGCCUUUCAUCACUUUAAUGAAAGUGCCUUUCACCUUUUUACUGAUGCACAAUACAAUUUGGCGUCUCUUUAUCUUACCGGUAUGGGUACUUCACAAUCAUAUUCAGAUGCGAUUUCUUGGUAUACUAGAGCUUAUGAACAAGGUCAUCUUCCAUCUGCCUAUGCACUUUCUCAGUUGAAUUUGAAUGGACUUGGUACUAACAAAGACUGCAAAACAGCUUUAGGAUUCUUGAGAGGAGUCUUACAAAGAUCUAAUUGGGUUACAAAUUUAAUUUCAAUUACUAAUAACUUUUCCAGAUCCAAGAACAAAAUUGAAAAGAAUCAAAUGAUCCUAAACACAAUGAAACUUGCAUUCACAGGAUAUGAUCCUUCCUUGUCCAAUUUAGCCUCUUUGUUGGAUCAAGACCUCAAAAAUAACAGACAUUUUGAAUGGGUGUUGUCUAUAAUUGGGCUUCCUCUUCCAGAUUUCUCAUCGAGACUUAACAAGGCUGAGUACUGGUUCAAAUCCCUUUCAACUAAGAUUAUCCCAAAAAUACUUUUAAAAUUUUUUCCUGAUCUUGAAGAUAUCAAUUCCGAUACCCAUAUAGGUACCGAAAUUGAAAAUAAUAGUGGAAAAGGUAUAGAGAUUAGAAAUAAGUGGUAUUUACCUCAAAUGUUUUUAGAGUUUUCAAUGUAUAAUGAGAACGUUGAUUCUAUGGUAAAAUAUGGAGAUUAUUUAUAUUAUGGGAAAGGAGUGGAACUUAAAUAUAUACUUUCUUCUAAGUUCCUAAAGAAUUCCUCUCCCAGCUGGAUUAGACCUCUGGAGCCUGAAAUUGCUUCCAUGGAAUCUCCAAAUUAUAUGGCAGCUUUAGACCUUUAUAAGAUUGUUUCUAAUACUCUAAUAACUUCCAGAUGGAUGAUUUCUUCCAUUUCAGAAGCUUCUUUUAAUUUGGCAUUCAUGGCUCAAUUUGGGAUUGGAAUUGACCAAGAUCUACAUCUUGCAGAAAAUUACUAUAAAAGAAUGGUGGAGACUGGAAGCAUUAACAGAAUAAGUAAUGGUGUUGGAGAUUUUCUUAUCAUCACUACACAAAUCCAUAGAAACUUUAAAAUAAUUAUUAAUUCUCUUAAAAAAGUAUCUUAUCAGGAUCUAAUGAAAAACGGAAAUUUUCGUCUUACACUUAAGUUGGGCCACCUACUACUUUUCCUAUUAAUUCUCAAACUAUUAGUUUAUAUAUACACUAAAUGGACUAAAGCUAGAGAAGAUCAUGAAUGA